AUGGGUCCUGCCGUUAGUAUUAUGUUGGUUGAGUACUUCCUCAUCAGCAAGGGAAAUAUCUACAUUCCGAGUCUAUACGUGGGCAACAAAGAGAACGAACAUUACUGGUACAACGGUGGCUGGAACAUUCAGGCCUAUAUUGCGUACAUAGUGGCUGUCGGACUGUGUAUGAUCGGUUUCGUGAACAAAGUGGGCGCCUCAGUUCCGGCUGUAGGUGUCGACUUUGGCAACCUGGGUUGGCUGAUGACUUUCCCUACUGGUGCGGUUGUGUAUUAUGCGCUGUACUGGGUUUGGCCUCAUCCAAAUGUUAAGAAUACACGGGCACUGGGAUGGCAAGAGAUUGCGAAUCAGUAUGAUGAUAUUUUGUUGACUGGGGUUGCUGGUGGAUCGGGGGAUGUGGAAUCACUGGAGAAGGAUGGAGUUAAGACUCAUGAUAAGGACAUCACUGAUGUUUGA